CCGUCACCUUUGCUUUGUGUGAUUUACUGUGUAUAGUAAUUGUCAUAUGUUCUCACAGAAAGGGACCGAUUGUAAUUUCUUGUAAAAUGUAUGGCAAUUAUCAUCAGGAACCAGACUAUCCAGCUGCGCUAUCGCAUUUAUCUCACUUGGAUGCAGAAGAACUGAAAGAACUGCUAAACGAUGAUGAGAAAUUUGAAGAUAUGAUGAAAGAUAUUAAACAGUUUAAGGAUAUGGAAACUGAAAAAGAAAUGUUAAUAGCAAGCAACAAGUCCUUAGCUGAGUUCAACCUGUCUAAGGAGCCUCAGUUACAAGAAGGAAAACGCCGCUUAAUGGAACUAAGUGAGAAAGGCGAGGCAAUAUCCCAGAGAGUGGAAUCAAAAUUGAGUGAAAUUCGUCAGCGCUCUGGAAGCUCAGCAUUGGAGACCACUCUGGCAUUGUUGCAGACAGCUGCUGCAGAAACAGAAGAGGAAUCAGAAAAAAUAGCGGAAAAGUUCCUAGAGGGUGAUCUUGAAGUUGAUGAUUUCUUGGAAACGUUUGAUAGUCGACGUAAGUUGAUGCAUUUGAGACGAGUGAAGGCAGACAAAAUGGCAGAAUUGAUGUCUACAAGACGGCGACAUGCCCCUCCUCCACCUUCUAGUCAGCUGGCUGGUAUUGGAAGGACUCCACCACAUAUGGGACCAUCUUCUUAUUACCCAUUGCCACCUACUGCUGCCAGUUCAGUUCCAUAUCCAUUGGGCCCUGUAAAUAUGCCAUUACCUACUCCUUUUGGAGCAGGUAGCUUUGCAUGAGCCAAUCAGCAUAUGCUCCUGCAAUGCAAAUGUAAAUUAAGUUUAUUUUAUAUAAUGUUGAAUGCAAGAGAGUGCUAUAACACGUGUGACUUUUGUACAGAAUUCUUUAAUGUUGUCCUACAAACUUUGACAUCUGAAGUCGUCCAGGAGUUUUCAACAUUUGUUUGAGGGCCAUAGUGUAUGAAUACCUUAAGUGACAGAUGAUUUAUUACUACAGCAGUAAAGUACAAAUAUUUUCAGUUGCUUUUAAGGUGGAUGAAAAUUGUGGCCAUUAUUAUUUGUUGGUGCUAUCAUGAUUAGACAUACUUCAACUGUGAGUAUUCCGAUUACUGGAAAUAUCCAUUAUAUUUCAAUCAUAAUUUGUGUACUAUUUACAUAUUUCAUAAAAACUUCUGUAAACGUUGCAAAAAUGGAUGUAAUUGGGUUCAUAAUCCUUCAUGUGCUGAUUGAAUUAAUGUGAGAAGCAUCCAUACACUAUAAUAAGUCACUUGACAUAAAAAAAAAGUCAGUAACAGAAUUGCAGAAGCACCUUGCGGUAAUGAACUGCUUUCAGGAAUAGAUGUCAAAUUGCAUUCAGACAAUGUUGGAAGGGGAAUACUAUUGUAUAUCAUUAUUUUGUUUUAGAUGCCAUUUGUAAAUUAUUAUUGAACACUUUGAAAUCCAAACUUUACCUCUAUGAUUUGUUAUUUAGUUUGAAGCACAUCAGUAGAUAAAGGGUCAAAUUCAUGGAACACCCAUUUUAAUAUUCUCAAUGCUGUCUCUCCUGUCUCUCCGUAAGUAGGCAUUUUUCUCGAACCUAGUCCACGAUUUGCAGCUAGUGAAGCUUUGUAAACUAUUAAAUUAUUUAUAAGACAAAUAUCUACUUUUAAGUGUAUUGCAUGUGAAAAUUUUCCAUCAAACACCAUUUAUUAGCAUCUAACCAGAAUUUGGCUGUCUCCUCCCUUAUUUUCGGUUGUAUACACCAAUACAUCUGGAUAAGAAUAAAAAUAAAAAUAUUACACGAAUUAUUGAACCCGAGGCUCCAAGAAUGUCAGUCUUAACACCUAAUGCACUCAGCUGUCUAACCACCAUGAAAAAUUAUUCCAGUUUAAUGGAUGGUAAGUACGUCUUUUCUGCUAGCACCAUUCAGUUUGUUCUGUAAUCCACAUCCUUUACAUCCUCAUCAGUGUUCAGAUCAGUACAUUUCAUCAUUCCUUUGAUUUGACUUUUCUGCUUUUCAUUCACAUUCUCUAUAGCUUCUUACAAUCCUUAUAAGAAAAUCUUUUAAAUGUUCACAAUUUAUGUAAAAUUGGGGGCUUAUUGCAGUAUUGACACGAUUUGCUGUGGCACAUUACAUCAUAAGCAGUAGAGCGACAGAGUUAAGAGGGAUCGAAGCACGUCAUUGACUGUGAACAUGUGAGUAAUGGCAGAGAGUUACUUACUAGCAUAAACAUCUGAAGGUAUCUAAAUCAUAAAUGACACUUCACUCGUGUCGAAUUAACGAUUCCUAUUGGCUGACAGUCCGUGUCACGAGUUUUUCACCACAGAAAUUUUCAGUGCAAUAUUUUCAUGGAGUUAAUUGUUCAGUUGCAGCUGCAGUGGUGAUACUGUCUUUGUACUUACACAUAUUUACACAUGUUGAUUUCCUUCCUCUUAAUACAUUGCUGGAAAAUCUUGGGCGGAAUGCCAAUAAUGGAAGGAGUAAAAGUAACAUCACAGUUAAGGCACUGAUCAUUAAACAAGCACGUAAAAAUUCAUACAAACAUAUUUAUCUUUCUCAGACUGGUCUUCUUUUGUUGCUGUUUUAUUUAUUCUUUCAUAAUUCCCUCCCUCCCUCCGUGUGUGCACGCACACGCGUAGGCGCUCGUGAGCUGAACAACUGCCCAGUGAGGGCACUAGUGUUUGCUGACAUUGAAAUCACCUGGAGGGAGUACUGCUGGAGGGAGUACUUCUGGAGGGAGUACUGCUGGAGGGAGUACUGCUGGAGGGAGUACUGCUGGCACACUUAGUUUCAAAACAUUAUUGAUUUGGAUAAAUGUAAGCAUAUACAUCAUAUGACUGUAGGUUUUUUGGGAACAAAUAUAUUAGUUACCAGCCAGCUUCUUCAGAACUACUUUGUGCACUCAUAAGUUAUGUAGUAAGUCUUAAAGUUGUAGUUUAAUCAGCUGUAUCAGUGGAUUUUGUUGUGGUGUUAUUAUAUCUUCCUUAAAGUCCCUUGGAUAGGUCAGUGUCAGUGUAGAGGUCACCCUCUUCAUCACUACUUUAGAAGUCCAAUCUGUAACACAACUUUUUAAGGUUCUCAGUACACUAAAGCAUCACAGUGCUGGUGUUGUUUGCAAAUAUUUUUAACACGUGCAUACUCUUUUCACUCAACCAUAUACAGCUUUAUUUCGCAACUUGAGGUCAGUACCUUCAAAUAUGUCAAUAUUUUUUAUAUUUAUUACUGAUUAGGUUUGUUUAAUUAUAUUCAAUAUCAGUUUGAUUGGAUUUAGUUCAUGAUGUACAUAAUAUUGUCUCAAUUAUCCUCAACAACUGUUCCUUGAUUUUCCCUUCUGUAACUUGCACAAAAAUUUUUAAAAAGUUAUCUUUCUUCACAACUUUUUCUGUGUUUCAGUGUCCUCACUGUAAAAGUGCAAAAGGCAGACAUAACUAGUUUCAUGCUUGGUAUUGUAUUUUAUUUUCAUCAUUGAAAAUGACAAAUCCAAAAAGUGUUGAAAGCUGUCCAAUUUCUGUGAAAUAGCUACAGUUGCUGAUACGGUUUCCGCACAGAAAAAAAUACGUAAGAUUGUUGGCAUUCCAAAUUAGACUUUACAAGACCAGAGGCAGCAGAUUGUAAGGAAUCAGAUAAAGAAGUGAUUUCUGUUCACCUUGUACGCCACUAGUAUACUUCUGCCCUUCAAAAUAAACUGUUCUGCAAUUUUGCGUUCACUCUUUGCAAAGCUUGCAAUUGUCCACCCAUGGAAUUUCCAAAAUCUGUGUCAUAUAUUGCACAACUGAACAUAUUUCCUCUCCUUAUUUUUUUUUUUCUUCUUCUUAUUCUUCUUCUUCUUCUUCUUCUUCUUCUUAUUUUUAAGCAAUGUGAUAGCAAGCAAGACUACAAAAACACUUCAUGCUAGAAAAUCAAACUAAGUUGCACCAUAAAUGACGAAUAUGAUGCUAAUUAUAAUAUUCCCAUUUAUGUCUGAUUGACUUGGGUAAUUCAAGUCAACACUUAAUUUGUAAAAAACAUUUCUGUAUGUGCCAUAUACAUGACCCAUUCUUUCCCUAGCUCUGACAUAAUAAUGCGCCUAAUGUUUUAUAAUUUUAUCUUUGUGCAAUAUGUUGUAAUUGGAAAAGACAAUAUUUGGUAUUAACAAAUUGUAAUAAAGCACUGUUGUUUGCUGUUGAAUAUUAUAUUAAUUGUGAUCAAAUAUUUGCUGAAAGUGUCAUGGGAGAAUCUUAAUGUUAUUUGCAUACCAUCACCCUUACCAGUAUGUGAGUAUUGGUAGUAAUCUUGUGAGAAUAUGAGGAUUUUGAGCAUCUUACAUUAUAUUUUAUAUUUCAGCUGUUUAGUGUGAUAAACUGAAUAACAGUGAAAGUAUUGCGUUGUAAGUACACUUUGACCCUGCUAUGCGUGCUAAUUUUUUAUAUUUCUAGUAAUGUUGUUUUUUCCCAUUAUUUUUCGUAAGAUGAUAUGUGCUGGAUUAUAAUUUUUCAGGUACUCUGAAAUAUGCAUGUCGAACUGAUGUAAUAAACUGCAAAUAUUCUAUAUCACUAUUCUGUAAAUAUUGUCAAUAAAAUUAUAUUUUUUUCUUAAA